CCGAUGAUGGCUCUUUUCUCCUGCUGCUGCUCCUGGGAGGCGAGGAGAGGGCAUUAGCUCUGUCCUUGUGAUCUGUUUGGCCUUGUCUUCGCGGCUAGAAGCGGUGCGGUUGAGAGGAGGUGGUGAUGCGACGUUCUCCUGGUUUUUUUCUCACGAUUGAUGCCAAAUUCGAGACUACGGAUUGCGUAGAAAGUGAGCAGGAGAAGAAGCUGUCGGAAUCGCCCCUUUGGAGUUGGCAAAACUACUAAAGCAUCUCCUCUCACGCCCUUAUCGGCCUUCAAGAUUAUAUCCUUCUUCCCACUUCUUCUGAGUGUAGGCGAUAGGAAUAGGUGUGCGACGUUGCUAGUGUCGGGAUGGGUUACAAAAAUUACAGCGAUGAGGAGGAGGAGGAUGACGAUGUAGAGGAGGAGGAAGCUGAAGAUGUAGAAGAUGAAGAAGAGGAAGUUGAAGAAGAGGACGAGGAGGAAGAGGAGGAGCGCAGCCGCAAGCGCAAAUUUAAAGGUUCUCAGUUUAUAGACGACGUUGCGGAGGAGGAUGACGAUGAGGAUGAAGAAGAGGAAGAGGCUCCGCGGAAAAGAAGGCACAGGCGAGCGUCAGAAUUCAUUGAUGACACCGCCGCUGUUGCCAGUGAUGAUGAUGAGGAAGAAAUGGAAGGGGAAGAAGACUUUAUCCACGAUGAAGGUCCAGACUUAGCCGAUGAGGAGGACAGGGGAAGAAAGCAUCAUCGUGCUAUGUUACCUGAAGAUGAUCAGCAGGAAAAUGUGGAGGACCUUGAAAAGUUUAUCCAACAAAGAUAUGGACGACAGGAGUAUGAGGAGUUUGAUGAAGCUGAAACCACUGAUGUGGAACAACAGGCCUUGCUACCUUCGGUUAGGGAUCCCAAGCUAUGGAUGGUCAAGUGUCAGAUUGGUCAUGAGCGGGAAGCAUCCAUUUGCCUCAUGCAAAAGUUUAUGGACAUGGACAUGCAAGGGAAGCCCCUACUUAUCAAGUCAGCAAUCGCUUUGGAUCACCUCAAAGGCUAUCUGUAUGUGGAGUCCGAGAAGGAGGCUUAUGUCAGAGAGUCUAUCAGAGGAAUGCGAAUGAUAUUGCAACGGGAAGUAAAGUUGGUGCCAAUAAAGGAAAUGACUGAUGUGCUAUCAGUUGAAAAGAAGUCGGUUGAUAUUGAUCAAGACACUUGGGUUCGCGUGAAGAAUGGGGUAUAUAAAGGCGAUCUUGCAAAGGUUGUGGACGUGGAUCAUGUGAGGCAGCGUGCCACCAUCAAGCUGAUACCCAGAGUUGACCUCCAAGCUUUGGCUCUCAAGAUGAAUGAAGGGUCAAUAAAAGGAAGUAAAGAUGACGCUAAGAAUAGGCCAAGACCUGCACCUCGGUUUAUUAACGUUCAAGAACUUCAGGAUUUGAAAAUAUCAAUCGAGAGGAAGCGUGAUCCUAAUCACGCAGGAGAAUAUUUCGAGUUCUUUGGUGGCAUGCAAUUUAAGGACGGUUACUUAUACAAGGGUGUAUCUUUGAAAAGUAUUGACUCGAAUGGUGUUGUGCCCUCGUUCGAUGAACUCCAAAAGUUCCAGAAACCAACCGAUGAGGGUGGCCCCGAUACCAUGGGGCUCCCAACUGCUUUGAUGAGCAAAAGGAAGGGUCUGUUUGUCAAGGGUGAUGCAGUCAUAGUUGUACAAGGAGAUCUCAAAAACCUCAUGGGAUAUGUUGAGAAGGUGGAUGACGAUGAUGUCUUUGUUCGACCCAAAGAUAAGGAGCUCAAGGGCAGUACACUGGCGUUCAAGGAUAGGCAGUUGUGCAAGUUUUUCAAAACUGGUGAUCAUGUGAAAGUUGUUGCCGGUACUCACGAGGGUGCAACUGGAAUGAUCGUCAGAGUUGAUUUAGGGAGUGUUGUCAUUUUGUCCGAUACGACGAAGGAGGAUAUUAAAGUGUUCACAGCAAAUAUUGUGGAAAGUUCUGAGGUCACAUCAGGAUUGAACAAACUGGGAGAUUACGAGCUGCAUGACCUUGUCCUGCUAGACCAGUCGACGGUCGGAGUGAUUGUUAGAGUGGAGAAGGAUAGUUGUCAGGUAUUGAAAGGUACACCCGAAAGAGCCGAAGUUGUUACUGUCAAGCUCCGUGAUAUGAGGAAGAAGCUAUUUGACCGUAACACGAACGCCCAGGAUAGGGACUCCAACGUAGUCUCUCUGAAAGAUAUUGUUCGAGUUGUGGAGGGCCCUUUCAAGGGAAGAGAAGGCCCUGUGGAACAUAUCAACAGAGGCAUUUUGUUCAUUCAUGAUCGUCAUCACCUCGAGAAUGGAGGUUUUUUGUGCGUAAGGGGGCUUUGGUGUGUUGCUUUGGGGGGUUCCCGUAAUGGGAUCGAUCGAGGAGGGAGACAAGCACGUAAUAACAACUUCAAUGGUGGUUUUCAAGCACCUGCGAAUUACUUGCAGUCUCCGAGACGUACUCCUAACCACUUCAAUCAUCCAGGCGGAGGUGGUGGUCAUGGUGGUAGUACAUUUGGUGGCCGACAAGCAGGUCGCAGAAGAGAUCAUGGUCUGGUCGGCACGACAGUAAAGAUACGGAUUGGUCCUUUCAAGGGUUAUCGUGGCAGAGUUGUGGACGCGACGGAUAUUGAUGUCCGAAUUGAACUGGAGUCGCAAAUGAAAGUAGUGACAGUGCGAAGGGACCAGUUGUCUGAUCCAGUCGGGACACCUUACCAUAAUGGUGGUGGAGCUUCGUACAGGGAGUCACCACGAUACGGUGCUGGUAGCGAAACGCCCAUGCAUCCGUCAAGAACUCCAAUGCAUCCUGCUUUCAUGACUCCCAUGAGAGAUCCGUCAGCUACGCCUAUUCAUGAUGGUAUGAGAACCCCAAUGCGUGACCGUGCCUGGAAUCCUCACACGGCAAUGAACACGCCUUUGAGGGACAACAGUUGGGACGAUGCAAAUCCCAGCACUUGGGGCCAUAGUGGAACUCCGCAGUACCAGCCGGGGACACCAGGUGGAAGACAGUACGAAGCACCAACUCCUGGUGGUGGAGGAUGGGCAAAUACUCCGGGUGCUAGCUUCAGUGAAGCUGGCACGCCAAGCGUGAGCACGGGCCCCAGUUAUGGUAAUCCUGCUAGCCCAUAUCUUCCAGGUACACCGGGUGGACCUCCUAUGACACCAGGCGUGCCCAGUUACCUACCAAGCACACCUGGAGGCCAGCCAAUGACCCCUGGCACUGGAGGUCUUGAUCCGACGUCACCUGCAUCAGGAUUGUCGGGUCUCGAGAUAGAAAGUAAAUGGGGAUUACCUGAGAUUGUCGUCACUGUCCGAAAAGCGGGCGAAGAAUCUCAAAUUGGUGUCAUUCACGAAGCCAUGCCUGACGGAACCUGCAGAGUUGCUAUGGGACCAUCUGGAGAGGGCGAAAUCAUCGUAGCUACGCAUUCAGAAUUGGAGCUGGUUGUACCAAAGAAGACCGAUCGAAUCAAAAUAGUUUCUGGCGAGUUGCGGCGUAGUACUGGAAAGUUGAUUGGUAUUGAUGGUGCCGAUGGUAUUGUAAAGAUGGACGAUACUUUAGACAUUAAGAUUCUUGAUAUGAGCAGCCUGGGCAAAAUGGUUGCAAACUAAGUACGAGAACGACCGUCGGAAGUUACUGUUUGCGUACAUGUUAAGAGCAUGUACUGCUUUGUACCAUACUAUGGCGUAAGUAUUGUGAAUCAAGUGUGUUUCUGUAAAGAAGCAGAGUAUUUUAUAAAACCUUUGAAAGCCCUUGUUAAUCUUUUGUUUAGUGGUGUUGUGGAGCAAUGGGUUUUACUUUCCUCUCUUCACACUACCCAUGUAGGAUACAAUAUACAAUCGCCUCACGAAGCUUUUCCUCAAGGUAACAUCUGUAGAAGACAUCUCACAUAUAUCCAGCAUUUGUUCUCAGUUGGUAGCCGAUAAAGCGAUGUUUAGACACAAUGACGUUGCAUGUACCUGUGAGGAGGCAUACUGCCUGAAAUGGAAUACAUAUCGUAUCCUACAUGCAUAAAUUCUGUUUGUUAGGAGAGCCACUGAUAAAUCGGUGACGUACAGCAGCCACGGUGACUUAAGGUGGUUACGGUUAGAUAGUCCAUGGUCUCUGGCUUCGAUUGGUUGUAAUUGUCACUUCGUUCUGCCCUAGUAGUGACUGGAGUGAUAAUACUUAUUGAAGCUUUUGCAGCGAGCGGACGAUGUAUGGAUCUUCGGGGAACUGAUAUGAGAAUAAAUAUAUACUCCGAAUGCAGUGCUUGUAGUAGUUGGUUCCUCACUCGGUGAAUGUUAUUUCCAUAGGCUGCAGAAAGACCGUGUACACCCUUGUCUUUUCCAGUUGCGGUUUUUCCAGGCAACAAACAGCUUACUUCACGCACACCAAGACAGGAUCUCAAUCUUGUUUUCCUAUCAUGUCUUAGAUGUCACAGGAUUUCAUUUUGGUCGUUUUCCACGCUCGCUGUGUACUCUACUGUCUAAGAAAGUAGCCGCGUGGAUUCAGAGCCAUUUGCAGGAAGACAGUUUCAUGCUUUGAUUAUGAAUAUAUACAGUCGAAACUUCCUCAUCGCCUCUUUUUGCAAGACUAAUAGAGUGGUAUGUCAAGGAUGUUGAACAAGCACUUUCGAGACGAAGCAUAUGAACUUUCUAGUAUGUUACGGAGCUGUUCUAAGUGACGAAUUCUAUUCUAAGAAGUGAAAUUAUGUAGCUUAAAGUGUUCGCGCAAGUAGACUCUUGAGUAACUUUCUUGCGAUGAGGAAAAAUACCGGACCAUUAGAUCAAUUGUUCCUGCAGAUAAUUCUUGUCAGUCUUCUCGUGCUCACAGAAUCUCUCUGCCUACGAUGUUGUGAAAUACUGCAACAUCAGAUAAACUGUUCUGAAAGAUAUUUUCUUGUUAGUCUGUAAGUUUUCUAGUUUUCUUUUCGGACGAAUGUACAUUGGCCCAUUUUAAUACACAUGGAGU